CUCUCGAUGUCAUAUAAUUAAUAUCCGGCCAGUGAAAGAAAAAGUUUAUAGUAAAAAAAUGAAAUUAAUCGUAGUAUUCGUGAUCGCCCUUGCGGCCUUCGCAAGUUCCGAAGACAGUGAUAACACCAUGGAUAUCGCCAUGAGCUUCGUCAAGGACUGCAAAGGGGAUUACUUUUUAUGUGUCAAGGAAAAGUUACUACGAAUCGUCGACAAUCUAAGGGCUUCACGGAGCAUAACGAUAGCUGAGGGCAUUGUCCUUAAAGGCGAACCAGACAAGAAAGCGGGCAAGAAAUUAGACUCCCUGCCAGUGGACGUUACAUCCAGAGAUGCCGAGGUCAACUAUAGGCUUAUGGAUGGAGUAGUCAGUCUAUUCGAGACCCACGCUGUCGAAGUUAAGAUGAAUGAGGCUGACAAGGAGACCCUGCAGAGGUCUCUCGAAGAAGGUCGUGGUAAGAAGAAGGGUGGUGGUUUAGGCGCUAUCAUCGGCCUUCUCGGUGCCAAGGUACUACUCGGCAAGCUUCUCAUCGUCAAGCUGAUCGCCCUGAAGGCGUACGCCACAGCUAAGAUCGCCUUAGUCCUAGCCGUGAUUCUGUUCGUCGCUUGGUGUCUCAAACACGACCACAGCAAAACCACAUAUGAAGUUAUUCCACAUGCCCAUCACCACGAGUCACAUCACCCUGUCCACGUGGAACACGUUUCCCACGAUGUAGGACACGGGCACGGCGGCGGUGGCUACUCCAGCUAUGGCGCCGACUGGAACAAAAACCUAGACGAGGCUCAAGGUCUAGCUUACAACGCCUACUCUCACAAUAAGUAGAUAGAAAAAUACCAAACGGGACGCCCACGUCCGAACCUUUAACCUCUUUUGUACAA